AGUGAAUGUUUCAGCAUGGCGGCGGGCGGCUGAAGCUCAAUAGUCAAUAGGCCUACCUGUAAAUUUUAUCUUGGUCUGCUGGAUAAAAAUAGUCUGUUGCAUCUUUCUCUAGAUCUAGAUCUCUAGAUCUUUAUUUGUUUGACAACACUUGAUCCGCUCAACCAUGCCUGGGCCGUUUGCGUUUGGUGCCCCGGGCACCGCCACCACCCAGGCCAACAGCUCUUUCUCUUUUGGGGCGGCCAAGACAACGGCUCCAACCCUCAAUCUGACCAACCCGGCGGCCGCCACUGGGACAGCCGCCACUGGGACAGCCGCAGCGGGAUUCAAUUUUGGCCUCGGUAAAANGACGGCUUCAACUAGUCUGUUUGGCACCCCGGCGUCCACCGCCAGCUCCGGCUUUGGCUUCGGCACGACCCCGACCUCCUCUGCCUCCACGGGCUUCACCCUGAAGGUCCCGGCCCCGACCUCCACCGCGGCCACCGCUGGCCCCGGGUUCGCGUUCGGCAAGACCACCACCAGCUCCACCACGCCCGGCUUUGGAGGAGUUGGCCUGCUGGGCAAUGCCCCGGCCCCGGCCGCCGCCGCUGCAGCCACCACCACGGCCAGCAUGGGUCUCGGCACCGGACUAUUUGGCACGCAGCCUGCGGCACGAGGGGGGACCAGCAUCUUCAACUCUCUGCCCACCUCCAGCGCUGCCACGGGGCUCGGCGGCGUCGACCCCAACACUGCGCUCAAGACAGGUGCUGGUGAUGGCCGUGGGGCUGCCAGCGAUGGGAAAACCCCAAAGGAGUCUUUCCUGCCGGAACCGCUCACAGGCACAGUGGAUGCAUUACAGAAAUUUGUCAAAGAGGAGAAGUCUGUGCGGGAGGACAUUGCGAGGAUGUCUUCCAAGCCGAUGCUGAAGGUGCAGGAGGAGGUAACUGCGCUGAGGCAACUGCUCUCCGUCGUCUCCAACGGCCUGCAGAGGAACGUGUGCUCUGUGGACAAGCUGAAGGCAGAGAUGACGCAGAAACUGAAGAAUGCAGAAAUGUCUCAGAGAACGAAGGAGAUCCCAGCAGGGCUGCCGUAUGAGAACACAGCACCCACAGAGUAUUUCCACCACCUGGUGCAGGAGUUUGAGGAGCGCAUGGUCACCUACAGGCAGCAGAUAGAGACCCUGGACAGCCACCUGGCAGCUCUGCACCAGACCAGCUCGCACACACCCUCUGAGAUGCUGGCACUGCUGAAAAAGUUGCACGAGACGUUCAUCUCUCUGGCCGCUCAGCUACAGGCGAUACAUGAACAGGUCAAGUCCCAGAAAGAUCAGUACUUAACGUACCACAGAGUUUUCCACGGCGAUGCCAAGAACAUCUUCCACAAGCCCACACCGGCCCCGAAAGUAGCGAAGAAAACAGAAUUGUCAGAUUUGGCGGGUCCCAACCCCUUCCCCGGCACGACUAACGCAGCGGCACGAGCGAUGGCGAUAGUACAGACCAUGUCCCAGCAGCCCCAGGGUCCCCCAGUCACUGGACUUGUGCUCGGCAACACAUCAGGCUUUGGCGCGUCGCCAUUUGGAGGCGGCAUCUUUGGUGCUGCAAAGCCGAUCCAAAAUUUUGGCGCAACUUCCCUCACUGGCCCCAGCGCUAGCAUCGGUGGAGUGGGCAACCUCUUCUCCUCCACGGGCCUUGGUUCCAGUCCUGCCACAGGAUGUUUCGGCACACCGGCCACGCUGGGCACAUCCACGACUGCCGCCCUGAACCUGGCGGGGACCAACCUCAACAUGUCCGCCGCUAACGGGAAACCGCAGCCGUUCCAGUUACAGAAGCCUCCACAGGGGCCUAAGAGAGGGAAGAGGUAGUCUGGAACAUGGGAGACAGGAGGAGGACAGGACAGGGAGAAGACAGGAGAGGAGGAGAGAGGAUACACUUCAUCCAUGUUCAUAGAGCUACAUAAUUCAGAAAGUCCAUAGGAAAAUAUUAUCUGUUUUGUUGUUACAUUCUUACGCAGAGACUUGUAUGAUCUCUGCUGUUAUGUUCUUCUUUGUGUUCUGAAGUGCAGUAAGUAUGAGAUCGAUGGUGCUUUGUGGAGCAGUUUUUGCAUGUCAUGUUGUCACGUCAGGGUGCAGAUUGUAAACUGUUGUUAUCAGGUGCCAUUACCUCCUAACUGUUUUUGCAGAGAUGGAGGUAAGGAGCAAUUCAUCUUUUUAUUUUAAAAAAAAAAAAAAAAAAAAAAAGAAUGCUCUUUUUUUACAUUUUGGCAAUGAAGACUGGUUGCUCCUGCGCCUUCUCUUUACUUUGUUUCUGUCUCACUCUCUGUCUUACUCUUCAAGUCAAGUUUAUGGCAGUUUUUCAGAUUGAAAGUCAAUGGAAGAAUGCUUCUGUAAUGAAAGUGAAAGGGUUUUUUGAGUCUGCUGCCCACAACAUAUUUUAAUUUGUAUACAGCGCUUUGUGACCCUUGACUCCAGCAUGUUUUGUUUUUUUUCUUUGGUGGGGGGGGGGUUGCUGUGCACUUGAAUUACAGAACAGAAUGUGUUUUUGCUCAUAAUGUACAUUGCCAUGCCAUAUAUAUGUGAGGCAGCGUGGUAGAAUCAGGCUCUCGUCAAAUUUUGGGCAUGUAGAGUUAUUGGUAUCAUCUUAAAGCUUGUUCACUUGUCUUUAUUUGGAUGAAAAAAAUAUCCAUUUAUCUUGAAUACAAGUCGAGAUAUUUGAGAAAGAAGGUGGGGGUCACCUGUUUUCUGAGGUAAAAUUAGUGGAAAAAAUGGCCGCCAAAGAUUAGUUAUUUCCUUAGCUUAAGAGUCCGUGGUAACUGAAAAUUUACAUUUUUACAUUCUGCAGAAGAAUGCAAGUUUCUUCACUUUGGUUAUUUUGACGAGAGCCCGAUUCCAACACGCUGACUCACAUAUGAUGAUGCUAUACCCAAUUCUGAGCUUGAUUCAGGCAAGCAAAGUUACUGUUCUCGAGUCUUUAGUCUUGAAAUGAAUUAAUGAUGCGAGUGCCUCAAUAUGUUCAUCCUCCAUUCACCAUAACACAUGCCUAUCCUGCGAGCAUCUCCGCUGGCGACCUGUCCACAGGUAUGUUGUUGAUGAAGGCAGAAGAAAGACGUACCCAUUUCAGUCCCAUUCUUGUGCCUGCCUUUAUAGGGUAGAGUCGUCAAGACUUUUUUUGGUUUCCCUCAUGUUGAAAGAAUUGAUUUAAUGCAAGGGGAUUAUUAUAUAACAUCUUGGGAAUGACAUAGGGAAAUUUUAUGACUGUUUGUCUUUUGUAAUAAAGAAAUAAAUCAAA